AUGUCGUCCUCCUUCUUCAACCCCAGCUUCGCCUUCAGCUCGCACUUGGACCCCGGCGGCGCCCCGCUCGGCGAGCUCUCCUGGCCGUCCUCCCUGGCCGUGGCGGCCGUGGCCCUGUCCGGGCUGCUCAGCGUCGUCGCCCUCAUGCUGGCCUGCCUGUGCUGUAAGAAGGGCGGCAUCGGCUUCAAGGAGUUUGAGAAUGCUGAGGGGGAGGAGCUGGCCGCCGGCUUCUCGGCACAGGGCUCCCCGGCCCAGGACGGCCCCGACGUGUACGUGCUGCCGCUCACCGAGGUCUCGCUGCCCAUGGCCAAGCAGCCGGGCCGGUCAGUGCAGCUGCGCCAGUCCUCGGCCCUGGGCCGGCACAGCCUGCUGUACCUGGAGGAGAUCGGCCGCGGCUGGUUCGGGAAGGUGCUGCUGGGGGAGGCGCACUCGGGGCUGAGCAGCGCCCAGGUGGUGGUGAAGGAGCUGGAGGCCAGCGCGGGCGCGCAGGAGCAGAGGCACUUCCUGGAGGAGGCGCGGCCCUACCGGGCCCUGCAGCACAGCAACCUGCUCCAGUGCCUGGCCCAGUGCACCGAGGUGACGCCCUACCUGCUGGUGAUGGAGUUCUGCCCCAUGGGCGACCUCAAGGGCUACCUGCGGAGCUGCCGGGCGGCGGAGCCCCUGGCGCCCGACCCGCUGACGCUGCAGCGCCUGGCCUGCGAGGUGGCCUGCGGCCUGCGGCACCUGCACCGCGGCAGCUACGUGCACAGUGACCUGGCCCUGAGGAACUGCCUGCUCACCGCCGACCUGACGGUGAAGAUCGGAGACUACGGCCUGUCCCACGGCAAAUACCGAGAGGACUACUUUGUGACGGCGGACCAGCUGUGGGUGCCUCUGCGCUGGAUCGCCCCGGAGCUGGUGGACGAGGUGCAUGGCAACCUGCUGGUGGUGGACCAGACCAAGGCCAGCAACGUGUGGGCCCUGGGCGUGACCCUGUGGGAGCUGCUGGAGCUGGGCGCGCAGCCCUACCCGCAGCACUCGGACCGGGAGGUGCUGGCCUUCGCCGUCCGCGAGCAGCAGCUCAAGCUGCCCAAGCCCCGGCUGCCGCUGCCGCUGUGCGACCGCUGGUACGAGGUGAUGCAGCUCUGCUGGCUGCAGCCCGAGCAGCGGCCCACGGCCGAGGAGGUGCACCUGCUGCUGAGCUGCCUGAGCGCCCGCGGCGCCGCGGAGGCCGAGGAGGAGGAGGAGUUCGAGCGGCGCUGGCGCUCCCUGCGGCCCCGCGGGGGCGGGCCGGGCGCGGGGGGCCUGGCGCUGGGCGGCGAGCGGGCCUCGGCCUCGUCCUUCCCGCUGCUGGAGCGGUUCUCGGGCGACGGCUUCCGCGCCGAGGGCGAGGACGUGCUCACCGUGACCCAGACCCGCGGCGGCCUCAGCUUCGAGUGCACGUGGGAGGCGGGCCGCGGCGGCGCCGCCGCCUGCUCGCCGCCAGGGGGCGCGCUGAGCCCGGCCCGCCCCGGCCGCCUGCGGGAGCCCCGCGCCGCCGCCUGCUCGCCGCCAGGGGGCGCGCCGCCGGGCGUGGUGCCGGUUCUGAGCGCGCACAGCCCCUCCGUGGGCAGCGAGUACUUCAUUCGCCUGGAGGGGCCCGCGCCCGCCGCCGGCCACGACCCCGACUGCGCCGGCUGCGCCCCGCGCUCCCCGGGCCCAGAGCGCGAGGAUUCCGACGGCGCGGCCGCCUCGCCGGCCACGGAGCCGCCGCUGGGCCAGACGCUUCCCGCUGCCGGCCCCCGGGGCCGCCCUGACCUCCGCCCCGACCGGAGCCCCACGCGCGGCCCGCCCUGCCCCUCGCCCUCGCCCGGGGCCCCGAUGCCGGCGAAGGCCGCGGCGGAGGGUGCUGUGUUUGGGGACCCGCUGGGCGCCUGCACCUCUGGGACGGCAGGACCCCGGCUGCCCAGCAGCAGGCGGGCCCCCGCGCCCCGGGUCCCGGGCUGCCCGGGGAGCCGCACGGAGGGCAGCCGCGUGGAUGGCUGUCCGGGCAGGGAGCGUGCCCUCCAGGCCGUCCCUGCGCUGGGCCACCCCCUGGCCCCCGAGACCUCCAGAGCGCCUGUCCCGGGGCCAGAGGGGGCCUGCCUGGGCCGGGACCUCCCCUGUCCGUGUCCUGCCGAGGGCCUGGCACCUGCCGGGAGCCUGGCCACACACCCCUGGACAGAGGCAGCAGAGAGGGGGGGGCCCAGCCCCCCGACAGAGCCCAGGAGCGCAGAGGAGGCCGAGGGCCCUGCGGCACCCCAAAUACCCCUUCCGUCUGCCCCGACCCCUUCCCUGGAGGGAGCCCUGCUUCCCGCGGAGGAGGCCCGUGCCCCCACGGCCCCGCCCGCCUCCCCCGCGCCCCCCGGCGGCCAGGCCGCGGCCCCGGAGCCGGCCCCCACGUGGGACGGAGGCAGCGGCUCCCUGGAGCGGGAGGCGCCGGGCAGCGAGGACGGGGACACCACCGAGGCCACGUCCGGCGUGUUCACCGGCGUGUCCAGCGCCGGCCCCCCGGCCGAGGGGCUGGGCUCGGCGCCGGCCCCCCGCUCCCUGCAGAGGCAGGAGGCGCCCCCCUCGCCGGACCCGCCGGACAUCCCGAGCUCGGCCAGCGGCGGCGGCUGCGAGGCGUGCAGCCCGCCAGCCGAGGGCGGCGCCGGGGGGCAGCCCCGGGCCCUGGACAGCGGCUACGACACCGAGAACUACGAGUCCCCCGAGUUCGUGCCCAAGGAGGCGCCCGAGCCAGGGGCGCCCGAGGCCCCGGGGCGGCCGGCCCCCGAGGGGGAGGGCCCCGGGCCGGACACGGACACGGCGCUGCCGGCCUCCCUCAGCGAGAAGACCCCCUACCGCGACUCGGCCUACUUCUCGGACCUGGACACGGAGCCCGAGCCCCCAGCGGGGCCGGAGAAGGGGCCAGAGCCGGGCCUGGGGCACGCCCAGAGCCUGGGGCCGCGGCCAGCACAGCCGUCGGAGCCCUGGGUGCCCGGGGAGGCACAGAGUCCUGGCCCCAGAGCGGGGUCCCCACUGCCACUUUGGGGGGACCCCUCCCCUGGCCCCAGGCAGGAGGUGCCCCGGCCCCAAGGCCCAGCCCAGGUGCCGCCAGGGCCCGGUCCUGGGCGUCCCAAGGUCUUCCUUCUGACCCCGGUCCCGCGGGGCUCCGAGAGCCCCCGCCCCGAGCCUCCCGCGGCCCGCGGCCCGCCGCCCGCCCUGCCGGCAAGGACAGGGGGCGCCCCCGGAGCCCCGCUCUGCCCGGCCCGGGCGGAGGGCCUGCCGGAGGACGAGGACGAGGACAGCGAGGACAGCGACGGGUCGGACGAGCUCGGCGGCUACAGCGUCCAGGAGCCGAGCGAGGAGAGCGAGGACGAGGCGCCCGUGCCGGUGGUGGUGGGCGAGAGCCAGAGCGCGCGCCGCCUGCGCAGCCUGCUCAAGAUGCCCGGCCUGCUGCCCGCCGCCUUCCGCCCGGACCUGGAGCCCAAGAGGAAGGCCGUGUCCUUCUUCGACGCCGUCACCGUCCACCUCUUCGACCAGGAAAGCCCCACCCGGGAGCUCGGGGAGCCCUUCCCCGGAGCCAAGGAGUCGCCUGCUGCCUUCCUGCCCGGUAGUCCCAGCGCCCCCAGCCGGCUGCGGCCCCCUGAAGGCUCCCCCAUCCCCUUGACUGGCCCGGAGGGCGGGGCGCUCCCCUGGGAUGGCGGCUUCCUGCUGAUGCCGGUCAGGGAGCCCGCCCCGGCCGUCCCCGCCGCCCCCCCCAAGCCGGCGGCGCCCGGCCCCUCCUCGCGCUUCACCGUCUCACCCACGGUCUCGCCCACGCCCGCGCCCGCCUCCCGCUUCUCCAUCACGCACAUCACGGACUCGGACGCCGGCUCCGUGGGAGGCCCUGCAGGAGGUGCCGGGGUCAGCUGUGAGGAAGCAUGA